AUGCUGCGUGAAAAAAUACAAACUAUGAAAGCUGCUGGUGCAUCGGCUACUGAGACGACUGAAAGUGAUGAUGUGCACAAGACUAAGUCGGCCAGUUCAAUUCGAGCAGAUGCAGCUGAGGCAGAGCUGGCCAAGCUGCGCGAGCAAAUGAGUAAAAGAAAAUUCUUUAAGUUCUCGUGCAAAAUCGGCUGGUGCAGCCAUGGUGGUGAUUGCCGUUCGGGCUUCGAGGAAAAUGUCGAGCUUUUGAAGAGAAGACUGGCUGCAGUGGAACGUGAAAUAGCGCUAAUAGAGCACUUUAGCGUCAUCCGAUUCGAGAUGGAGCGCAGAAUCCAAAAAGUGGUGAAAGAAAUCCAGCUGAAGUAUGCAAAGGCGAAUGCGCUCGAUCUCGUGAUCGUCAUGGACUGUACGGGGUCGAUGGGUCCGUGGAUUGAUGAGGUGAAAUCCGCAAUCGUAUCGAUAAUCGACAAUGUGAAGAAAGACCACCCUAGUGCAAAUGUUCGGGUGGGAUUUGUCGCUUACCGUGAUUUUUGUGAUGGCGUAAAACGACUGCAAGUUUAUCAUUUGACAUCUGAUGUUGCAGCUGUGCGUAAAUUCAUUUUUCGACUCGCAGCUUUUGGCGGUGGCGAUGGUCCCGAAGACAUUCCUGGCGGACUUGAAGCAGCGCUAGCCAUGCCAUUUAAUGCUCAAGCGAGGCGAAUCGUACUUGUAGGUGACUCACCAUGUCAUGGGAGCAGAUUUAACGACGGAGAAGAUGACAGAAGAUAUCUAUUCCAAAUUCAGCAAAGCCCGGAUAUUUGCGCUCAAAUGAGAGAAAUGGUACGACGUGGAAUUGAUUUUACUAUAAUUGAGAUUCAACCGAACUACACGGCGAAGAUGGUGACGAUUCUCUGGGAAGAAUAUGACAAAGCCAAAAGUUUGGAUGGAUUUGGGCGCGACUUUCGGCGAGUUUCUUUGUCGAAAGCAGGAGAUGCAGCUCGUUUCGCAAGUUCUGUCCGGUCUUCGGCAAGCUCUUCCCUUUCAGCGAGCAAGGAGAGAAGCGUACUCGCAAGCUCCCAGUUCGCUGUAGCUCUGGACACUAAAAAAAGUGGUCGCCCCACUUUAAAAUUAUCUCACGUGUUGGAAGGAGACGACGAAGAAGAGAAGCCACCAGUAGUUGUGGUGCCUCCCGAGGUGAAGCCGCUAAACUGGGCCGAGGUUAAAAACUCUCCUGACGUCGAUGCUGUCCGUCACUCGCUUCAUUUCCGACCAGGUGAACCGGUUGACUGGAAGAACUUGAACCUGAAGCACACGCAACAAGACACCAAGAUACGCUUGGCUCAGAGCUGUUUUGCAAUUGGUGCCAUGAGAUCGGCACAUGCGCUGUAUGAUUGCAACAUGGGGACGUGUUUGGUAGCGAAGUGCUACUAUGGUAAAGCUGCACGUUCGUCGUCGACCUCGAAACACUCGUUACAGAACGAUGUCAAGAUGCAGAUUGUGGCCAAAUAUCUUGCCACAGCGUUCUCGGCAUCCGAAAAAGUGGAGAGAGGUGUGGAUUUUAUCUCCACCUGCUGGUACGAGAUCAAGAAUCCAUUGGAAACAGGCUCGGGCCGUUCUAUGGCCAUGUUCACUGCUGAGCCGUACAUUGACGGAGAGUACAAGAAGUACAACAAUAACAAUGGUUGGAUUAGAGAUGACGGCUUGGAUUUAAGCGAGACGGCUCAGGCAUUCAGUCAUUUCACAUGGCAGACGACGUUUGGUCAGCUUAUGGUCGUGGAUCUUCAGGGUGUUGGGUGUAUUUUCACAGACCCACAGAUCCACUCGAAGGACGGCAAGUUUGGAUGUGGGAAUCUGUCGGAUGUAGGAAUGACCGCCUUCUUUGCCACCCACGACUGUAAAUCAGCGUGCAGAGCUCUGGGAUUGAAGCCACUUAAGCAUUCCGAAUUGGGGUCAAAGUGUAUUGAUGAGUCCGCAACUACCAAUCGGGAAGAAGACGAAGCCAAAGAGGCGACGAAGAAGAAGAUGACGUGCAGCUGUCCGCUGUGUGGUGAUAUUACCACGGUGCUGCACAGCGACUUCACUGCAGCCUAUCGCAAAGGACGUGAGGUGUAUUGUAAGCCGUGUGAUAGUAAAAGUGAGCGGAAGACGCGUCGGAAAUGUCAGAAAUGCAAGAAGAAGUUUGCCUAUUCGCCGUACUGGCACUCGAUGAAAGGUAUGGAACCACCUCAGUCAUGCAAGAGCUGUGAACCGAGCACCAGGCCAAUUAGUUAAUUUUGAAGGAUAAUAGGACCUUGCGAGUACAUCGAUUAG